AAUAGUACACUCUUAACACUGCUCUUACCUAAACAACAUAUUUCUGUUUGAUGCACUAUUCAUUUCACUUGAAGGUGGUUAAAUAGUACUCCUUAUGUUACUUUAGUUGCUCAAAGACGUCUGCGUGUGAAAGAAAUGUCACACAUACAUUGCAAACUGAUUGAUAUACAGUAUUAUCUGAUCGCAUUUAUUUGCACAUUUAAGGGCAUGUGAACUUCACUUUCAAAUUUCCAUUACCUGGAGUACUACUACUUUACAUCUGAAGAGCAUAUUGCUACCAUUUUGUCUGAACAGGUGCAGUUGAACAUGCAGAUUUUUUGUAAAGUUGCUGAUUUUGUCUUUUACCUAGGCAAGGAGCCUGAAAAGGCACGGGAGCGCUAUGAUAAAGUGACCAUGAAACUGCAUAACCUCCACAAUCAGUAUGUCCUGGCAGUGAGGGGAGCACAGCUGCACCAAGAGCACUACCAUGACACCACUCUUCCUCUGCUGCUGGACUCCUUACAGAAGAUGCAGGAGGAAAUGAUUAAAGCCCUGAAGGGAAUUUUGGAAGAAUACAGUGAAAUCACCAGUCUUUUAUCUGAUGAAAUAGUUAAGGUUCAUAAAGAAAUUUACACAUCCAUUGAACAGAUUGACCCUGCUUCAGAGUAUGAGCAUUUUAUAGAAGUUCACAGAUCACCAGAAAUGAAGCAACCAUGUGUAGAAUUUGAUGUUUCCUUGCUGGAGGAAACUGAGAACCUACAAGCAAAUGAGAUUUUAUGGAAUAAUUUGACAGCCGACAGUUUACAAGCAGUGCUGAAAUCAACAUCAGAAGAACUGACCCUAACUCAGCAGACCCUUCAGAACAAAGAAGAACUGAUGCAGGACUUGGAGAAGAAAAUUGAGGAAUCUGCCAAAUCGUGUGAAAAGAAGUCAGAUAUUGUAUUGCUGCUUAGUCAAAAACAAUCAUUAGAAGAGUUAAAACAGACAGUCCAACUGCUGAGAUGCACUGAGGCCAAACUGACUGCACAGAAAGAGUUACUGGAUCAGAAGAUGCAGGAAAAUGAAGGCAAAGAACCACCUCCUGUUGUUAAUUAUGAAGAAGAUGCCAGGUCUGUCAAUUCUAUGGAUAAAAGCAAAGACAAGAUUUCAAAGUUUGACACCUUACGCCAUUCCAUUGCAGGAAUAAUUCGGUCCCCGAAGUCAGUCUUGGGCUCCUCAUCAUUCUUUGAUGUGAUUCCUACCAGUGAGAAGCCAUUAGGAGAUCAAGAAUGGUAUCACGGCGCUAUCCCAAGAAUAGAGGCUCAGGAACUAUUGAAACAGCAAGGUGACUUUCUAGUCCGGGAGAGCCAUGGCAAACCAGGGGAAUAUGUGCUGUCUGUUUUUUCUGAUGGACAACGCAGGCACUUUAUAAUUCAGUUCGCAGAUAAUCAGUAUCGAUUUGAAGGAACUGGUUUUGCAACGAUCCCCCAGUUAAUAGAACACCACUAUACAACAAAGCAAGUUAUUACCAAGAAGUCAGGAGUUGUGCUACUGAAUCCUGUUGUCAAGGAUAAGAAAUGGAUUCUUAAUCAUGAAGAUGUAAUACUCGCAGAGCUACUGGGCAAAGGUAAUUUCGGUGAAGUAUUUAAGGGAACACUGAAAGACAAAACUCCCGUUGCAGUAAAAACAUGUAAAGAAGACUUACCCCAGGAGCUGAAAAUAAAAUUCUUAUCAGAAGCCAGGAUACUUAAGCAGUAUGAUCACCCAAAUAUUGUGAAGUUAAUAGGAGUUUGCACACAGAGGCAACCUAUUUACAUCGUAAUGGAACUUGUACCAGGGGGGGAUUUCUUGUCCUUUCUUAGGAAGAAAAAAGAAGAUCUAAAAACAAAACAGCUGGUAAAGUUUGCUUUAGAUGCUGCUGCAGGUAUGGCGUACCUGGAGUUAAAGAACUGCAUACACAGGGAUCUUGCUGCAAGAAACUGUCUGGUGGGAGAAAAUAAUUUACUGAAGAUAAGUGAUUUUGGAAUGUCCAGACAAGAGGAUGAUGGAAUAUAUUCAUCUUCGGGCCUGAAGCAGAUUCCUAUCAAAUGGACAGCCCCCGAGGCUCUAAAUUAUGGGAGAUACAGUUCAGAAAGUGAUGUAUGGAGUUAUGGCAUUCUUUUAUGGGAGACAUUCAGUUUAGGAGUCUGUCCUUACCCAGGAAUGACAAACCAACAAGCUCGGGAACAAGUGGAGAAAGGUUACAGAAUGACCUGUCCACAGAAGUGUCCAGAGGAGGUCUACAAAAUAAUGCAAAAAUGCUGGGAGUAUAAACCUGAAAAUCGUCCCAAAUUUGCUGACAUACAAAAAGAACUUGCAUUAGUGAAGAAAAAAUAGUCCAUAUAAAAAUUCAGUAUCACCAUGUUAUGCAAACUAUUUUAUAUCUAGGAAUACAGAGAUAACAUUGCUAUUUGCCUCAACAUCAACACUAUUUUAACGUGAUCAUACAGUAUGUGUAAAAUAUUCUGGUGUUAAUUUUGUUUCUAGCAUCACAGUGCCAUUGUCCUAACUAUUUUAGUGAAUUUUAGGUGCAGCCUAAAAUUCCACUAUUGUUGAGUUCAGUAUAAUGUGUUUUGAUUUUAUUUUUGCCCUUUUUCUUAUUAUCACAUUUUGCCAGACUUGAAAGGCUCUAAAUUGAACUCUUCAGUUAAAGCCAUGACACGUUAUUGUGUUUACUCAUUUGUUGUAAAGCACAAAUUUUAGAAACAAAUGGCAAAGUUAAAUCAGUAAAGGAAACUCCAGGGUUAUCUUUUGUCCAUUCCCUGUUUGUGAUUCUACUACGUGUUAGGAUGGAAAUAUCACCCUGGCAUAACUGCUAAGCUGUUUUGAAUCAUAUGAAAUCAGACCAAACUUACAUGUUUAAUCAAACCAAACUUUGGAAUGGCUGAAAAUGUUGGACUCCUUUCAGGGCAAGCUUUAUUUUGGGGGAAUUAAUUUUGGGUGUGCAGUAAGCAUUAUUUUCAUUACUUUAUUUUGGCCUUUUCCAGUAGACAACGUUAAACUAUUUGCAUCCAACAACUUAACAAUUGGAUAUAUUCUACAAUAUGAGGUAGAUCACAGCUACAUAGGUGAAGUCCAUGUUCUACAUAAUAUUUUUUCUAAGACUCUUCAAGUUCAUUUUGCUUUCAUAAGGUUAUAAACCAGUUAUUAUAUGCGUAAGUCAAUAAAUAAAGUGAAUUGGUAACUUAUCCACAAACUCUCAUUUACAGAUGGGAAGAUAUUUUUGAUAAAGUCCCUUCACAAAUACACAUUUACCACUUUGUCACAUGGUGUGGAUGUGAUCAUAAUAAAAUUAUCUUGAUUUAAUAAAUAUGAAUUUAUAAUCUCAUCACACAUUCCAACCGUGGGGAGCUUGUAUUAUCAGGACAAAAAGAUGAAACCUCAGUAGUUACAAGAUCUGGACAGUAAGGAGGCAGUGAUGCUCUUGUGCUCUUAUAGUCGUAAUGAAAAGAAUUGUAUGAAGAGAUGAUAAAGAGUCUAUUCCAAAAGAUUUUGCUAGGACUGGCUGACACUCGCAAGAGUGACUUCUUCCAUUCAUCAGUUCAUCAUUUUCGGUAUCCAUAUAGCACCCACUUUGUGGAAAUCCAGAAUAUUGUGGAUUACAGUGUGCACUGUACCAUAAGAUGUGUCUGCGAUGACAGUGACACCAUCUAUUGAUGGCCAAUGUUCACACACAUCAGUGCGUCAAUCCUGGCCACAUUGUCUUCUUUAGCUGCAGUUAUUGUUUGCCUUGGCUGUUUGUUAUGGACAUGUCAUUCCUUUUUGAGACCAUUCAACCAUUUAUAAUUUUUUUUCCAUAUAGUGUGGUCUUUCUCCUAUGAACAUUGCAUGUUUUAACAUUGCUGGGUCACUGAUCUAGAAUGGUGCACUCUUUCACUGGGACUUUACAGUGUGGCUGAUUUUUAAAUCCUUUAUUUAUCCAGGAAAACCAAUUGAGAAUAAGUUAUCAUUUAUGAUACCUGGACACUUUAUACAGCAAGCCAUUUACUAGAACAACCUGUGUAAAGAACCUUGCUCCAAGGUACAAUAGUAACAUUCCACCUGGGUUUACCCACUUAGUAAAUCACUCACUUGCUGCUUCAGCGUUACACAUAGUACAAUUUUAUUGCACACUUGUACUCUUAUUAAAAAUAUUUUUUCCUAUUUAUUGACUUACAGUCAUUAUUUAGUUUCUCUGUUUUUAUUAAUGGCUGUAUUUACAAUGACAGUUGAUAAGCAGAGUGUAACAAAGAAUUUCAGCAUUGUUUACUUAGUCUUCAAGAAGGCAGGUAGGCACAGAAAAUAGUUUAUAAAUAAGGUGUCUAAACAGUGUCACAGUAGUUCUUCCUUAUAUUUCUGCUAGUUGUUUCUGAUCCUAGUUCAGAAGCUUCAGGAAGCUGGUACUGUUUAAUAUUACUUAAUUCUAAGUACCUUAGCACAAAUAAACAUCAGAUCAUUUUGGUAUAUUUAUAAUGGAGCUAUAACCCAUGUACUUAAACACCUAAACCUAAAUUUAGCGCAACAUAUAGAUUUUGUGCUGCAUGAAGCUUAUCAAUGUGACAUGUAUAUGUGACACUGCUGAUCUUUGGUUGGGUAGUUGAGAUAAUCGUUUAGCAUCGGGAAAAAAAAAUAUCCCUAGAAUAUUUUGGAGUGUACAGUAUGUGCCAGUGCAGUGUUUUACUGUCAUUGCAGGAAAGUAAAAACCAUAGUUUCUUUAAUCACUCAAAAAAUUUUGCUUUAGGGAAGGAGCACUCCGUUUGCUUAGAUUAAGUUAUAAAAAUAUUUUUAUGGACAAGUAUCAUGGGUCAUACCAUGAUUGUAAAAGCUAACAACCUAUCAGGAAUCCUGACUAAUACAAGAAAAGAUAUGGGUAUAAUGAGGAAAGGAAACCUUCAAGAUUUUACUGUCAUAUAAGAGCACUGAAAAUGUCUUGUUAACUAAACCUAAAACAUAGGUAACCCUUUUCAAUUUGGAACUAUAGUUUUAUGGAUUUCAUUUUCUUUGAAAUGGUAUCAAGAUCCACAUUAUACAGAUAUUACACUACAGGCAUUACUUAUUGAGAGAGCUCAAGUGCCCAUGUUUUAAUGUGAAGAUAUCCCUUAGGGUCCUUAAUGGAAAUGCUGUUAUUUGUUAGCCUUGUUUGAAGCCUGUAGUUUUAGAAAACUAUAAUAGAUUUCAUUGUCCACAAUGCAUUAAACAUGUGUAGUACAGAAUCAUGAAAAAAAGUGUUGAAGAGAGUGGCUCUGGAGCUCUGGUGUGAUCUCCCAGUACUAUCAGCAUUCAUAUAUUACCCUCUCUGGGAUUCCAAUAAAGGCUUUUUCCAUAAAGGAAGGAAAACUGCAGGUUCAAGUGCAAUUUUUAAAUAUAUAUUUUUUCAGUUCUUACAUUGGAUAUAUGUAUAGACUUUGGAUGUGUCACAUUUAAUUUGCCUUCCAUAUACAUUGCUGAAACAAAGUAACAUACAAUACCAGUUUUUACUUAUUUUAAAUAUUAAAAUUUUCUCCUGAAGAUUUUUUUACAAACUUUAAGUCAGCCUUUUUGAUAAGAAAAGAACGUUAAAUAUUUUUUUUCAAAUGCAACCUUUUCCCCAGAUGUGUUUAUCGAGUUUUUUUAAGCAUGUACAAUUUUGUUACUGCUAUAAUCUUCAGUUUGUUAUUAGUAGGUCUCAAAAUGAGUUUACUGGCAGAUAAAAUAAGAAUUUGUCUUAAUCACAUCACACAUUAGGCUAAUGCUUUCUAGCUUCUAACAUAAACAACAAUUUCAUUAUAUAUUUUUAUCAGUAUCCUGGCAUUUUUAAGCAUUCUAUUUUUAAUGUUCUUUCUCAAAACAAAUUUUCCUUUCUUUAUUAAAAAAUGUUUCUGAAAUGACUGUAUUUACACCAUCUUUUUUAUAAAAUGUAGAAAGCAGUGGUAUAUUUUCGAAUAUCAGGAACCAAAGCCACAGCUAAAUAUUCUGAUAAGAAGACUCAUGUAUGUUUAUUUUUUUAUGUUUGUUUAUUUUGACGGAUCCUCAAAUAAUUAUGACCAACUUGUUAUAGUAGAUUUUUUUAAGGUUCAGGAGUAUUGUCCAAGCUUUAUCAUCUUCUUUUGUACAUAUUUUGUAUAAAACACAAUGUAACAAUUUGCAAAAAGUAAUCUUAGCACUCACAAAGGAAAUCUUUUCAGUCAUCUAUAAUUUUACUGUUUUUUUAACAGUGUCUGUUUUGAAUACCCAGGUUAUACUUAGCAACAUCAUAAUUGUAUUGUCCAUUCUUAUAACAGCAUGUUAGUGUAUUUUGUACAUUUAGUCCUGUAUAUAACAGAGAUCAUUUGUGCUUUCUGUGUCUUUUCAAUAUAAACACAAUAAAUGAGACAGUGAAAGAUGUUUAUUAUAUUUUAAUUUUUGUGUUUAUUUCAUUGAUGGAAAACACACGUGGUUACUGGAAAAACAAGAUAGGGGAACUUUAAUUAUAAAUAAUUGCACACCUGCUAAAAACAGAAAUUCACCCUGAGCAACUUUCACAGAUGAUUUUCAAUCUCUUGAAACUUUAUUGCUCCGUUAUAAAUUAGAGUUGCAUAAAAUGAACUUUUAUGUUCAGCUCUAAUUGUUCACAAAAAGUAACUAUAAAGUCAGUAUGGGUAUAAACAAGUAGAUACUAGUAGAUAGGCAAAAAGUGCUAGAUAUGUUCUGUAAUGUUAAUAAAACCACCCACCUAAUUAGUGUACUAUAAUUUUCAAGUUUUAUUUAUUUUGAAUUAUACUCGACUGUCUUAAUCCAUUUUUAUUAUUAUGCCUUUGUUUUCUUGCUGUAUUUCUUACUACCAUGUGAGUAUUAAACUCAGAUUUAAGUUCAGAUAUAGAACUUUACUUCUUAUUAUUAAAUGUAUAAACUGACCAAACUAUGAGUUUCUGAUGUAUGAUUGAUUCUCGAUUCUUCUCCUUUUAUAGUAUAGAUCCACCACAACAUUCUGUAGGAAGAUUGUACUUCUGUGAAUGUAAAAUCUGUGAAAUUAGUUAAUUUAAAAAUGUAUCCCUAAAAUUGAAAUGAAACAUACUACAAAAACUGUCAGACAUUCUCAGUAUAAUAUUCUAAAUAGUAUAUGAAGAGCAAAGUCAAACAUUUCAUACACUUUUGCCCAGCAUAAUGUGGAAACAAAAGCAAAACCAGUUUUGGCCAUAUUCAAGUGCACUCAUUAAUAUAAUGCAUUGUACUACUAAUUAAUUUCAUUUAAAUCUUUAUCCAAUGAGACUUACAUUUGUACCCAUUUAUACACAUUAGUAUUUUGCUAGAACAAUUCAGGUGAGUUGCCUUGCUCAGUAAUAUAACAGCAGUGUCUCACCUAGGAUUUGCUGCCAUGCGCCACAAUAUUGAUACUGUCUUUUAAGUGUAAGACCAAAAAACUGUAGUAGUGUCCAGCAACAUUAGAGUCCAGUCUUUCUGAAAUAGAUUCAAUUGGUAACACUGGACUUUAUCCUGAAAGUAUCAUGAUUAUAAUGAAAAAAAUAACCUGCAUGCAAAACAUUAUAUAUAUAUACAAACUUUUUUCAGUACCUUUACCCUAAGACACUGUAUUUAAAGUAGGAAUAGUCAUUCCUUGAUACUUAUGCAAACAAUUUUAUGUUGCUUUUUUUGAAGCAAACACCCAGAGUUACUGAUUGUUUUAUUUUCUGUGUAUUAUUUUCAUUAGCUUUCUUUGUGAAGAGAGCUGUAUUGGACCCAUCACACGGUUGACAUGUUCAAGGUUCAUGUUAAUACUGUGUACUUGCAAUAAAAACAUAUUGUGUUUAA